AUGUUGGACCUUGCCGAUUUUGUCAGUGACCGCGGUGGAGACCUGAAGAAAAUCAAGGAGAGUCAGCGGAAACGGUUCGCCUCGGAAGAUGUAGUCGAUGAGGUUGUCGCUUUGUACGAAGAAGCCCGUCGAGCACGCUACGAAGUCAACAAGAUUGGCUCCCAACUGAACGCGCUCCUCAAGGAUAUUGGAAAGAAGAAAAAGAACAAGGAAGACGCAAGUGACUUAAUUGAGCAAAAGGCCGCCCUGGAGAAACAAAAAAAGGAAGCCGAAGACCUCGCUCUUCAAAAGGAAACCCAAAGGGACAUCAAAGUUCGGACCAUUGGAAACUAUGUUCAUGAAUCUGUUCCCGUGAGCAACAACGAGGACGACAAUGCUAUCAUAAGAACCUGGGCACCCGAACCCUCUGCCACUGAAAAAUGCGAUCGCCUGUCUCAUCAUGAGGUUCUCACCCGUCUUGACGGCUACGACCCUGAGAGGGGAGUGAAGAUCGUGGGCCACCGUGGAUAUUGCCUAACGGGCUACGGUCUUUUCUUGAACCUUGCGUUGAUCAAUUACGGUCUGGAGUUCCUAUGGGGCAAGGGAUACAAACCAAACCAGCCUCCUCAAUUCAUGCUCCGAGAAAUGAUGGCGAAAACGGCGCAGCUUGAGCAAUUCGACGAAGAACUGUACAAGGUCACGGAAAGUGAAGACAAAUCCACGGAUAAGUAUCUGAUCGCUACUUCUGAACAGCCGCUGUCAGCACUGCAUGACGGAGAGUGGCUUCAGGAUAAGGACCUUCCUAUUAAAUACGCUGGGUAUAGCACUUGCUACCGGAAAGAAGCCGGGGCGCACGGUAAGGACGCUUGGGGCAUCUUUCGGGUUCAUCAGUUUGAAAAGAUCGAACAAUUCGUCAUUACCAAACCCGAGAACUCCUGGGAAGCCUUUGAUGAGAUGAUGGCAACCUCGGAGGAAUUCUACCGCUCUCUUGGACUUCCGUAUCAGGUUGUCGCCAUCGUUUCCGGAGCAUUGAACAAUGCCGCGUCCAAAAAAUACGAUCUCGAGGCAUGGUUUCCUUUCCAAAAGGAGUAUAAGGAACUGGUCUCCUGUUCAAACUGCACCGAUUACCAGUCGCGUGCAUUGGAAAUUCGCUACGGUAUCAAGAAGGCCACGGAUUUGAAGAAAUCCUAUGUCCACGCUCUAAAUGCUACGCUUUGUGCAACCGAGCGGACGCUUUGUUGCAUUUUGGAAAAUUACCAAACAGAAGAUGGUUUCAUUGUGCCCGAGCCUCUGAGGAAAUACAUUCCGGGCGCCCCUGAAUUCCUCCCCUACACUAAGGAGCUUCCCAAGGGCACUACAUCCCAGAAGUCGAAAGGUAAGCAGGGUUCGAAAGCUGCAGAUGGCGCCGAGGAGACUGCAAAGAAGAUGCAGAACUUGCAAGUAUGA